AUGACCGACGAAACAGACAUCCCAGCACCCCCACCACACAGAUACUCCCACAACACCCGCGAAAACCACACAGUAACACCAGGUGUGGAUAACCUCGGACCCGCCUCAGCAGGCGGCGGAAUAAGUGGCAUCGCACUAGGAAUCGCCAACACACACGACCGCCAAAGCGGCCUGGACGCCUCACGCGGCAUCACCGACCACACCUACACCUAUCCCGCAGAACGAGACUACAACACCUCUGGCUCAGACAACCCCUACGUGCCUUCGGCCGACUACACCAGCGCCGAGACUCUCCACCACAACUCCUACGGCUCUGGCAUGGCGCUAGGCGGCGCAGCUGCCUCGCCGGGCUUCCAGACUCCUACCCAGUCAUCGUCACACCUGAGUGAGUCGCGCGUUAUGGGCGACCAGUAUCCCGCAGCGUAUCAGGGUAUCAUUGAUGGGCCGUAUCAGCGUCAUUCUGGGUAUGGGGGAUCUGAGAUGUCGAAUAUUAAUCCGGAUGAUAUUGCCGAUGAUGGCGAUGAGGAUUUCGGGCCUAGGGGGCGGAAUAAUCGUGGUCUGCCUGCUGCUGCUACUGCAGCUGGUGGGGGCGCUGCGGCUGGAGGGCUUUUGACUGGAUUCUUUGGGCGGGAGAAGAAUGCGGAUGUGGCGUACAAUGCCGUGCCUGGGGGUGGAUUGGAGAGCGGGGAUAGCGAGGGGAAGACACCCGGUAAGGGGAUGGAUGGGCGCAAGAAGAUGGGGUGGAUUGUUGGGCUUGUGCUUGGAUUUGUGAUUCUCGGGGCUAUUGUCGGUGGUGCUGUUGGUGGUACUAUUGGCAGUCGGCAUAAGGAGGAUAAAUCUACCAGUGCAGAUACUGCCACAGAUGAUUCCAAGAACAAUGGGGAUCUUGAUAAGGAUUCUUCUGAGAUCAAGGAUCUGCUGAACAAUGCUGAGCUGCACAAGGUCUUCCCUGGUGUGGACUAUACGCCUUGGGGUGUUCAGUAUCCCGAUUGCCUCAAGUGGCCGCCAUCGCAGAACAAUGUCACUCGUGACAUGGCUGUUCUGUCGCAGUUGACCAACACUGUUCGUUUGUACGGUACGGAUUGCAAUCAGACCGAGAUGGUUCUGCAUGCGAUUGACCGACUGGAGCUCAAGGAUAUGAAGCUCUGGCUUGGUGUGUGGAUCGACUCGAACACCACCAGCACCGAGCGUCAACUGAAUCACCUCUACAAGAUCCUCGAUGACACCAAGGACACAUCCUUGUACAAGGGUAUCAUCGUCGGAAACGAAGCACUCUAUCGCGCCGGUCCAGACAAACAAACCGCCGAGAAGACCUUGAUCUCGUACAUUGAAGACGUCACCAGCGAGGUCAAGAAGCGCAGCCUCAACCUGUCAAUUGCCACAUCUGAUCUCGGCGAUAAUUGGAACUCGCAAUUGGUGGAUGUUGUCGACGUGGUCAUGUCCAAUGUGCACCCCUUCUUCGCGGGCGUGAGUGUCGACGUGGCUGCGGCCUGGACCUGGAAUUUCUGGCAGACUCAUGAUGUCUCCUUGACAAGCGGCACGAGCAAGAAGCAAAUUAUCUCCGAAGUUGGAUGGCCCAGCGGUGGAGGCAAGGACUGCGGUGAAAGCCCAGAGUGCGACGAUACCACGCCUGGCUCUGUUGCCAGUGUUGACAACAUGAACUCGUUCAUGUCAGACUGGGUUUGCCAGGCACUGGAUAAUGGAACCGAUUACUUCUGGUUCGAGGCCUUUGAUGAACCCUGGAAAAUCCAAUUCAACGAAAAGGGCAAAGAAUGGGAAGACAAAUGGGGUCUCAUGGACUCCGCCCGCAAAAUCAAACCGGGCCUCAAGAUCCCCGAUUGCGGUGGCAAGACUGCGUCUUAA